AUGUGCAAAAUUGGCCAGCACGGCACCAUGGAAAACCUCCGACGGUCGCAUAAGGUUGCGGUCAGCGGCGAUGCCCAUCAAGCCAAAGUUGCGCAGGACCUAUUUCGCCAGGAAGUGCGGUACGAACGAUCGCUGCAAAUACGUGAAGACAUUCGUGACGUCAACAAAUGCAUGAUGGAGAGCGUCCAAACCCAUGUCCUCAUGGGCAGCAUCAUUCUUGCCGUGUGCUUCAGCAUGUCGAUCGAAGGGUACCCGGGUGUUCGCACGGAGCGCUUGCUGGACCUGCUUUGGCUGCUUUUCACAUCUUGGGCCUCAACGUUCACUUUUGUGGCUUUGUGGCUGGCCCUACGCUUUCAGAUGAAGAUUUCAGGAAGUGCACGCGAACGCUUGCUGCGGCGCCAUCGAUUCAUGGUUCCUGACGAUCUUGUUGUUGGCAAGAUGGGUGGGGAAAACUUGGUCAACCAGAUGGCAAACUUCCACAGUUGGGUGCUUGAAACCAUGGAUGACAUGGUGUCAGCCCAGACAGACGAGGAGACGCUGCGCGAGAAGUGCCAGCCCAUCUUCUUGAAGCAAGCUGCUCGCCCACUCCGCGUCCCCGUGGAAAGCUUGGAUGUGAAGGAUGUUGACGCUGAGCCAUUGCGGAAAGGUUUUCAUGCUUGGCACCACGAAAACGGCAAGGGCUAUUCGCAGAACAAAACACUGGAAGUGCCAUACUUCCUGGUUGGAGAAACAUGUGUGCGCAUGCCGUGGCUGAUGCUUGCAAACGGGCCAUCGCUCAAGAUCAGAGUGUAUGGCGACGCGACUCUGUAUGUGUCUGCGCAAGUAGUCCCAGGCGAUGCGCCCCUGCCGCAGCCGUCGGAGAGGAAGUCGAAGGGGUCCUACACUUCGGGAGGAUCAUCGCCCCACAGCCCUGUAAGUGCAGCUGGGGUGCGGAAGGCCUUGCGCCUGGAAAGCACCGUGCCGGCGUGGCCCGCGGACGAGCUCCCGCUGGUUCGCACCGGCUUCAAUGAGAAGUGGCGAGGUGAAAGCGGCUAUGGCGAAUUUCGGCGAGUUGAAGGGUUUUCCAUCUUCGUAGACACACAGAAUGCCAUGGAACUCCCUCUCUACAAGAUUGUGCUGGCCAGUCCAAGCGAGUUUGAUGAGGAGUACAUCGAUGUCGUCAUCCAGUGGAACUUCAAGACAGCAUGCGAGGCGCUAACUGUAGUGCUGCGUCGUGGUCACGUGCAUUGCAAAGAGGAGGACUUUCCGCUCUUCGAGUUUAAUACGGAAGUGAAGAAGAUGCUGCCUUUGAGACGCUAUGCAGGAAACUUCCUAGCUGAAGGCACCAUUUGCCUUCUAGUCGCGACCUGUCUGCUGAUGACGGGCAGGAUGUAUAACCUCAACAUUCAGGCAGGAACUCCCUGGGCGUUCGAAGUCGCCUUGUCCUUUGCCGCGCUUUUGCCAGGAUGCGUGCUGCUGCGAAUCAUGCCUGUUGAGACGGCGCACAGCGAGGUCCCUUUGAGUUGUCCCAUCAUCAGGAACCGAAGCAGUCAUUCUUUACACAGUUCCGACGGACGAUGUCUGGACACGCUGUGCAUCCUGGCGUGA